AUGGAGACUUUAUCAUCACAGCAACAGCAACAACAGCGACAGAAAUAUUCUUGGCCUGUUCGUUGGCUAUCUCGACCUUUGAAAUGGAUGUUUCCUGACCUGACAACAGAUCAACUUCGCAACCUGCUUUCUAAAUUCAACAUUGCAAAUCUACUGUUCUGUUAUUGCAUUCCUUUCUUCUAUGUCUUUUACCCAACUCUUCUCAUGCCAGCAAUCUUUCUGCGGUCCCUGUCAUUUGUGGUCGGCUGGGCACAUGGACUUGUGUCUCGACAUCAUCCAAACCCACAACGACAUGGCACAAGUACCAACAAUAAUAACAAUAAUAACAAUAAUGGUGCUGGUGCUGGUGUUGGUAACUCAAGACGUCAACCCCGACGACCGGAUACUAUCAGUCGAACCAAUACAAAUACCAGCAUCACUAGCAAUACCAAUACGAAUACGAAUACCAACAAUGAUGGAAUGAACAAUAUGUAUUUCUGGCUACAGAGAUGUUCAAUCUGUCUUGAUCAUACAUAUGCUCUCUGCCUUGAGAAUUGCCGCGACCAAUUCUGCAAAGAGUGUUUUGCUCGUUAUGUAGAAGAAAUUGUAAAUACAUCCUGGGGAUUGGGUGUUACACGUAUUCGAUGCCCAGUUUGUAAAGAAACAAUUGCACAAUCUGAGUGGAGUCGGUAUGUCUCUAGUGACAUUGUGGAGCGGUAUGAUCGGUACAACCAACCCUAUCGAGCAUUUUCUCGCCACUGCCUCGACUGCGAAACUGUCAUUACUCCAUGUCAUGGACCCCGUUCUGAGCGGAUAUCUCACGAACGUCGGUUAGAGUUGAUCAGUCAUGACCUAUCAUUGCUACAUCAAAAGUCUGGACAUCAUAACCAAAACCGACUACAAGAAAAAGAUAAAGAAGACAGAGAAGAGAAUGAUAAACAAAAGCAGGUGAUCGAAUUACAGUCGAUGUUUGAAAAGGCACGGCUGAGUCGACGGACAUCUAGAGUGGGGCAGGUUCAAGAACUUUAUGGACAAAUGGUACCACUAUUGAAGAAGCAGGCUGGAGAGUGCGACAAAUACAAGUUGUGUUCAGCGAUAUCCAAGCAAUUGGUUGCACUAGAAACCUUGCCAGAGGCAUGGAAACUACUACAAUUUGUCCAUGUUGCCAAUUUUCCGAUUGAGACCUGUACUACUUGUCAAAAACAAGUGUGUCUUCAAUGCGGUGAGUUUAGUCACCCAGAUCUUAGUUGCCUGGAGCAUCUCAAGCAUCGGUUGACAAUUGACAAUGAAUCUGAUGAGUCGUUGAUUGUAAAAUGGAAAUUGGAACACACUCAACCAUGCCCUAAUUGUUCUGUCAUGAUUCACCGUGACGAAGGCUGUAAUAAGGUUGACUGUCUCUUGUGUGGAUUUCGGUUCUGUUGGUCCUGUGGUUCAAAAUGGUCCCAGCAAUGUGGCUUCUAUCAAUGCCAGCAACAACCCAUAAAGGAUGAUAUCGGAAUCACUCCCGAGAAAAAGGUUGAAUUGGGAGUGCCUGACAUGGAUGCCAUUGAUGCCAAAAGACCAACCAAUUCAAAAUAA